GCAAUGAAUGGCAAGUCUUUUCGAGGUGAAAUGAUAUUUUAUUUCUGAGGGUCUUUAAAGAAAUUAGUUCAGUUAUUGCGUCAUGUUCGUUUGAUGUGCCGAACGCCAACAAAUUUUCUCAAAUGGCUGAAUAUAUGAAUCGUAUUGAAAAUGAAUCAGAAUUGAGGCAAGCACAAUACUUUGCUGAGAUUCUGCAAGGCGUGCACAACGAUCUAAAUCAGCAUCGUUUCGUUGAUCUGAAGUUACCUUCUCGUGAUGUUAGUGGCCUCAAAUAUCCGUUAAAGAAAAAUAAAGACUUACAUUUUACUCCUAUUCCAAUUCAUGGAGAUUCUAAGAGCUCUGAAGAAUCUCAAGAAAAAUUAACUGAAUCUGAUUCCGAGGAAUGUGGAAAUGAUGUACUUGGAAUAGGCCAAAGUGCUGAUGUUACAGAAGUGCCUUCAACAGAAAAUGUAAUUUAUUUUUUGCCUGUAAAUUAUAAUAAACGCAACCCAUGGCGAAGAACGAUUGGACUUCACAUAACCCCUAACGAGCUACUAAGUUCAACAUAUCCUGCAAGAUCUAGUGUGAAGAAACUUCGGUUCGCACAAGCAAAAAAGCCACUCAAUUAUUUGUACUCCUAUUUUUCUGUUGAAAUUUUGGAAUGUGAUGAUAAAAGCAGUAUUACAAUUGGCCUUAGCAGAAAGGACUAUCCUAGCAAAGUAGCACCUGGAAAGAAUGCAGGAUCUGUGGGAUAUUUUUCUGAUACAGGUUCUGUUCAUAUUAAGGGAAUGGUUCAUCUGGAUGGGAUGACAUUUUCUCAAGGUGACGUCAUUGGCUGUGGUAUCAUUUAUCCUUCGCAUUACAAGCGUUAUGUAGAUUUAUCUACUGAUGACAAUAGUGAUGGGAUGACAGAUGUGGUUCUUACCUCGAUAUUAAAAACUAAUAAAAAAUCUAUGGAUUUCGUUUGCAAUGUCUUGAACCUAAAUGUGGAAGGGAAUGAUGGUGCUGCAAAUUUUAAUGGCACAGAAGAAGUGACCUUUGGUACUGAAAAGGCAACCGGUGAUGAAUGCGAUUCUUACAAUGAAAAUUUUGUUGAGAGUCGAACUCAGGUAGAGGUCUACUUCACGCAUAACAUGAGAGUUGUUGGAAAAGUUUAUUCCUAUAUCCCUGUUGGUGGAUUUUAUCCCACUGUUCAUGUGUUUUCAUCUAGUGCUAUUAGAAUGAAUGUUGACUUAAAUCCGCCGACAUCUUAACAAUAGUUAUAAUUUAAAUUAUUUGUAUAUAUUUUUCACUUGGAUAGUUUUCUUGUAUGAGUUACAUUUAGUUUAUCUGUAUCCAGUCAUAGCACAACAUGUAUUACAGUGUGCUUCAACUUGAUUUAUGAAAGAACUUUUACUAUCAAAUUUUGUAAAUAGUAGUCUAGAGCUCUAUUUUCCCUGCUAUGUUAUUUAUCAUUGCUUUAUGUGUAAUGUACAUGAUGCUUUUUACGAAAUGAAAAUAGCUUAUUUUUAUA